AUGGAGAUUGGAUCUUCACCACCACAAAAUCAAAAGCCUUUAACAAGGCUAAACAAUUAUGUAGCCAAAUCCCGAGUUGGAAAAAGAUUCAAACUCGCUGAUCGUAACUCAACUUUCACAACCGAGUUACGUGCUGGCACAGCCACCUUCCUUACCAUGGCAUACAUCUUAGCCGUCAACGCUUCCAUCCUCACCGACAGCGGCGGUACAUGCACCGUUUCUGACUGUAUCCCACUAUGUUCAGACCCGACAGUUCCAGUUUCCAGCUGCAGCGGCUCAACUGAUCUUCGAGUAAUCCAACCUGAUGAGUCAUGCAAAUUCGACCCGGUUAACCCGGGCUACUCUUCUUGUUUAGAGAAAGUACGUAAAGACCUGAUAGUAGCCACUGUGGCAUCUUCUCUAAUUGGCUGUUUAAUCAUGGGUGCAUUUGCUAAUCUCCCAUUGGCUCUGGCUCCGGGUAUGGGUACUAAUGCUUAUUUUGCUUAUACGGUCGUCGGGUUUCACGGGUCGGGUAAUGUCUCGUAUAAGAGUGCGUUGGCUGCUGUGUUUAUUGAAGGCUUAAUUUUUUUAGCCAUUUCAGCAAUUGGAUUACGUGCAAAAUUAGCUAAACUAGUCCCUAAACCGGUUCGGAUCAGCUCCUCUGCCGGUAUCGGACUUUUUCUUGCCUUUAUCGGGUUACAGAGUAAUCAAGGAAUCGGGUUGGUUGGGUACAGUUCAUCUACUCUAGUCACGCUGGCAGGGUGUCCAAGCUCAUCACGUGCGUCGUUAGCUCCCGUUAUGACGUUAGCUAAUGGAACUGUUAGUUUGAUCCCGGGCGGUACCGUUUCCGGCGAUAUCUUUUGCCUCCGGGACCGCAUGGAGAGCCCUACCCUAUGGCUUGGUGUGGUUGGAUUUGUUAUAAUUGCUUACUGCUUAGUGAAAAACGUUAAAGGGGCUAUGAUUUACGGGAUUGUUUUCGUAACUGCAAUUUCAUGGUUCCGUAACACUAAAGUAACAGUGUUUCCUAGCACAGAAGCAGGCGAUGCCGCAUAUGAAUAUUUCAAGAAAGUUGUUGAUAUACAUGUAAUUGACACUACAGCCGGGGCAUUAAGUUUUAAGAGUAUUGGCAAAGGUUAUUUUUGGGAGGCUCUCAUCACAUUCUUAUAUGUGGAUAUAUUGGACACUACCGGUACCUUAUAUUCUAUGGCUCGGUUUGCCGGGUUUUCGGAUCAAAAUGGCGAUUUCGAGGGUCAAUAUUUUGCCUUCAUGUCGGAUGCCACAUCAAUCGUCGUCGGGUCAUUGCUCGGCACGUCACCGGUGACGGCAUUCAUCGAAUCAUCAACAGGAAUCAGGGAAGGUGGGCGGACGGGUCUAACCGCCUUAACUGUGGCUGGGUAUUUCUUCUUGGCAUUUUUCUUCACGCCGUUACUGGCAUCCAUACCAGCUUGGGCGGUGGGCCCACCCUUGAUAUUAGUUGGAGUUCUGAUGAUGAAGUCAGUGGUGGAGAUAGAGUGGAACGAUAUGAGGCAAGCCAUACCAGCUUUUAUGACAUUGAUUUUAAUGCCUUUGACCUAUUCGAUUGCUUAUGGUUUGAUUGGUGGGAUUGGAACGUAUAUGGUUUUGCACUUGUGGGAUUGGGCUAUGGAGGUCUUAGUCAAGUUGGGUGUUAUAAACAAGAGAAAUGGAGGUGGUGGGGCUGGGGAUGGGGAUGUGAAUGGGAAUGGGAAUGGGGUCAAUGGGAUGAUGCAUGAUCAAGUCAGACAAGAUGGAAGUGUGAAAGCAGCUGAAACUCAAGUCUAG